CGUUGUUACUGCAAUAGAACUGAAGUGAGAAAAAUGAAGAAUUUAUAUUUGUACCUAAUGUUACACGUUGUUGUGUUUGUUACAUGUCAGGAAGACGUCGACUUUCAGUUUAACAAGUCAGAAUUAUCGGUCUUGGAUAAUUAUGUUAAAAAACUGGUAGAAAAGGAAGUUAAAGCUCAAAUGGAAGAAUUAAAAUACGUGCAAAAAUUACAAGACGAAACAAUUCACGCGCUUAAGUCUCAGAUCCGAAGUGAAAGACAAUAUCGUGAAGAGCUGGAGACACGAUUGAAAGUUCUGGAGGGACAGCGAGACUGUUCGCAGCGCAGUGGUGCUAAAACUGUGGAAAAAGACAGUGAAUGGAAAACAAAAGUCCUCUGUGAAUCCACAAAGGAUAACGCUCUUGUGACCAGUGAGAAUAAUACACAUCAAACCAGAGAAGUUAACGGAAAAUCUUCUAGUAUCAAAAGAUUAUUGAUAGGACAAGCUACAAACGCCCACAACCAAGCUGCAUUCUAUGCGUACAUGAGCCAUGACCUUGCUGCACCGUCACCGGGACAUGUUCUUGUGUUUGAUGUGGUCAAAACUAACGUUGGGUCCGGCUACAACCACCACGACGGUGUCUUCACUGCUCCCUCCCAGGGACCCUAUGUCUUUUCUUGGACGGUGGUGUCGUGGUAUCGCUCUUAUGUUUAUUCGGAACUAAUGGUUAAUUCCAGUACCUUCGGAAGAAUUUUAACAAACAGCCAAGACAUCGAUGACGAACACAUUGGAAGUGGUGUAGUAGUUGCUGUUCUGAACCCAGGCGAUGUGGUCUACAUACGGGUAGUUAGCUCUGUUGGUACUCUGGCUAGUAAAAGUAACAUUUACACCUCUUUUUCUGGAUGGAAACUUAAUUAAUUGUUUUUUGACAAGCUUCAGCAGUAGUUUAAGAUUUCAAAGAUGAAAUGAAUUCGAUAACAAUAUUUUAAUCAGUUAAUCUGACUAUCGAUUUAUAAUCAUUACACUUGAAAAAAAAUACAGUAUCAAUAUUUUCAUGAUUUAUUUUGAAUAAAGAUGUGUUAGGUGUGAU